AUGUUGGAUCAAAUCAUCAUCUUGCAGGAUUCCGCCCAGCGGCUCUCGACGACCUACAACAGCCUGACCUACCGUGUCCUAUGCAGUGAUAACAGUUUCAGAGAUCUUGCCAAUAGCAUCAAGGCCGUCUCCAUGGCACUAGACUCCUGCAGAGGCCUUCUUGGACAGCUCAGGUCUGGUACUACCAGCAUCCCUAUAACCUCUGAUCUAUCCCCGCGACUUGAGGCGAACCUUAAGGAGUGCAAGGUGGCCUUUGCGGACGCCUAUGAGAAGGCAAAAAAGAUGAUGCCCCAGCAAGGUUUCACAAAGCUGUGUUUCCCACAGGAGUAUUGCUCCCACAAGCUGUCUGAGAUAUAUCAACUUGCUGAGAUGCAUCGGUUGACGAGUCGGUUGUAUGCGAGGGAACGAGAGAUUUAUCGGGUUGUUCAGGCUGUUAGGUUACAAAUAGCCUCACCGCUCCUACAAACUUCCCAAAACAUCCUCUCCAACGUGCGACAGCCAUUCGGUCAACCUCUCCCAAUCCGAGGUACCCAACCCGGCCUUCAAUUCCAACCCCAGAGAUUCCAAUGGCAAUUCAACACGCCCAACAUCAACGAAAAGUCACACCGCCCUCCACGACAUGUGCACCACCACCAGGAAAAGCACCAAGACCGCCACCGUCAUCGAGUCCUCCUAGGAAAAGGGGCCGACCCAACCGCCACGCUGAACGCGGCCUCUUCUCAGUUAACAGCCAUACACCUCGCGUCCUAUCACAACAACGUGGCCGCGCUGGAAGCCAUCAAAGAAAGCAUGACAACGAUCAGAACAUUUACAUACACGCCUCAAUAUCGAAUACACACCCGAUACACCCAAUUCCAGCCCACCAAUUACACCGGCCAGUGGAAGUGGACAAAUCUGCUCAAACAAAAAAAUUUCUGGGGUAUGACCCCCCUUCACUGGGCGGCUACUGGUGUCUGUCCUGAGGCGAUAAAGUUCUCACUCAAAGAGGUGGAGGACGCCGGGCUGAGGCGGGAGGUGAUCGAUAGCAAGGAUAGAGAGGGGAGGACGGCAUUGCUUGUUGUGGGGCUGGGGUGUAAUAAGUUUGGGGGUAAAGACGCGGUGACAAAGAUUGCAAAGGCUCUCGUGAAGGCGGGGGCGAGCCCUGAUGUGGCGGAUUGGAGGGGGCAGACGCCGAGGGAAAUGCUGACCGAUCUUGAGAUUGAGAAGCCUGAUUUUCCACAGAAGGAGCAGCAGACAUAUGGUGUUGCCGGGGGAUACUAUCAGGGUUAUGGUGGUUAUUAAGGUUACAGGCAUCAGGGAUAUUAAGGAGGGGGGCAGCAAAGUGAUGGUUUGCCGGUUUAGGGAGGGACUAACUACCUAGGAGGUUGGACUAGGUGAGGGCCAUAAUUCGAGUUGUGAGAAGUUAACUCCAAAUCGUAUUGUUGAAGCCAUCACCAACUUUGUCGUUGAUCUCGGGAU